AUGGCCGGCGGUACCAGUAACGCACCGCACGGUACGCGUCAAUCGUCAACCAGGAUGGCCGAUAGUGGUGGACCCGGGGCGAACGGGUCUGCGGGUGGUAUGCCGCCGACCCGCGGCCACACGGCCCCCGGCCCGGGCGGACAUCUAACCCACGGACGUCCGGUACACCCGGCUGCAGCACCGCCGUCGCACACCAGCAUUCCCAAACCGGCGUCCAACACGAUCAUCGCCACCGGUCAGGUGUGCGGUCCGAGGAUUGUCAUCCUGCACCGCUAUAAUGGUGAUUUCGGCUUCACGCUGCGCCAUUUCAUCGUUUACCCACCGGAUUCUCUCACGGAUCCGACGAACAAUCCGCUGACUACUGCGAGACUGUUGAACUUUUCGCAACCGAUGGACACGGUGUUCGUGAAGAAGGUGCACCCGAACACCCCGGCCCAUAUGGCCGGCCUCCAGGAGGGUGACCGGUUGCUGGCAGUGAACGGCGUACCGGUUACCUCCAUACCGUACUCGCAGGUGGUCGCCACCAUCCAGCAGACGCCGAAAACGCUCACCCUGCAGGUUGUGCCGAAAAAUUUCGAUAUCUUACAAACGUUCUUUAGCGAAACCGCUCACAACCCGGAAACGAACCAACGACCGCAACCGCAGCAACCGUACGCACCGAAACCGGUAGGGAUGGCGGCCGGUGCCUAUCCCAAGACGAAACCGGGCCCACCGCACCCGUUCACGGUGGAGGGUGUGCAGGAGAAGCAGGAAUCGCUGUACAGCACGCUGCAGGAGAUCGUUGCGGAUAAUGUCGGUGCACCGCAGCCGGGACCGAAGAGUCUGGCUGUGCACGCCGAAGUGCCAAAGAUGCUGACCCAUCCAGCCGUACCGAUGGUGCACCAUAUGACGCAUCUGCAGAAGCCGAUGGUACCGUCGACUUCGAAGCUGGUCGCGAUGCCGUACGAGCAGCAGCAGCACUAUCUGCACCUGCAUCAGCAACAGCAGCAGCAGCAGCAGCAGUUUCUGCAGAAGAUGUCCCUGCACGGCAAGGACGCGAGUGGUGAGCUGCUGCCGGUAACGGGCGAUGCGGGUUACGCACCGCUCGGCGAAGGUGACAGCGCCAUCAUGUCCCGGCUGCGCAAAAGCCUCGAGCAGAAGGAAGAGUUUCUGCGUCGUCCAACCGCCACGAUGCAGGGCGCCCUGGUACCGAUGGGAACGGUUCAACCACCCACCAACGGGUUGCCCACCGCGCACGAUGUGCAGCAGCGCGAGUUUUACGCUCGUCCGAACCGUCUGCAGAAGUCCGUGUGGCCGCCGAGCCAGGCGCAACUCAACGCGCCCACGACCAGCUCGGCACUGGUCAGCUUCGGGCUGCCAACCGAACCGAACAAACCGACCGGCGGGUUAGCCUCACCGCCGACCAGCUCCCCAUCGUCGAACGUGUCCCCAACCACACCGUCGCCGUCGCAAACGGUUGCCACCAGCACCAUCACGAAACCGAUGGUCAGCUCCACCAGCAUGCUGCGGGAGCAUGCGUCCCAGCUGUCCGCUAUACGGGAGCAUUUCUUCACCAGCGGCAUCGGUGGUUCGCUUCAGCUGCCACCCAAGUCGGCGCCACCAUCGCUUGCGAUUGCACCGGCCGCCAUCACGACGACCGCGGGACCAUCGUCACCGACCGGGGCGGCCACGGUACCGCUGUCCCCGCACAGCAUGCACGCCGUCUCGGAGAAGGCGAAGCUGUUCGAGUCUGGCCGGCCACUGUCGCCGGAGGGCAUCGAUCGGAUGGACCUGUACAAGAGUGAGCUAAGCCGGAUAAACACGAAACAGGUCGUGCCGAAUGUAGCCGUGCGCAGGAAAGAAUUUGAAUUGAAGGCCGAAAGUACGGGUUGGCGGAAAUCGAUCGAGGAUAAGCCCCGCUCGGUUAGCUCCGAUUCGGAAUCGCGGCGAACGCCGGUACGUCUGCGGUCACUCUCGGUGGAGUCAAACGCUACGCGCGAUUCACGACAUUCGCUCGCGAGCUCGUCACUGCUGACGACCGACUCGUUUGAUGCUGGCGACAAGGAUAAGGAGCCGCUGCCACCGGUUGCGAUGCUGCGCCAGAAGCCGAUCCGGGACGAUUCGUACCGCAGUGCUGUCCGCAACUCGACAGCAUUCUGGUUGCAAGGACCGCUACCAUCGGCAACGGGAUCGGUAUCGGCGCACGGUGCGCCAACGCUAGCAGGCAGCUCGUCCACCAACUCGAUCGGGUCGCUGGUGUCGGACAGUGAUACCGGCUGUACGGUACGCCCGAUACCGCCAGCCCGCACGUAUGCUGCCGCCCACCGGCUCCACCAUCCACUGUCCGCGGCAGAUACCGAGCAGAUGCGCAUGAAGUUGUUGCACCGCAACCAGACGAUCGUUGACCUGCGUCACUUCCUCGAUGGGGAAGGCGGUGUCGAUGGUGCGGUCGGUGGCGAUAUUGAGAUGUUGCACCGUCCGCCACUUACCUCGCCACCGCUCGCACCACUCUCACCGCUCACGGUAGAGUCAUCCGUCACGUCUACCUCGUCCGUACCGCUCACGCAUCUCGUUACGCUCGAGCAUCUGGCCGGCCACGGCAGCACCGGUCCGGGGGCAUCAGGAGCGUCAGCACCGCCAGCAACACCGACACUAACAGCGCCGUCCACCUUCCGCCAUGGGACCGGCCCGAUCCGUCCCACCACGCUCAACCUUUGCACAGAUGGUUCCGUACCGGCGGUGGUGAUGCGCCAGAAGCAACCGCACCAUCCGCUGCUGCUGGAGGACGAUGAGCGGAAGAUGCGACGGAUCUCGUACCUGCGGGCGACCGCACACGAUAAUCUCUUCCAGAUGCUGGAAAGCGACGCGGACAGCAGUCCAAUGUCGCUGCCACCAGCCGAUACGCCGGACACCGACGCCACGGAACCACCGGCGAUCGAAUCGCCCGGUCUGCCGUCGACGGUUCCGCAUGGGGGAAGCGAAAGUUCGGCGUUAUCAUCCGGCAAGAUGCAACCGCAGCAGCUCAAGAGUGCCUAUCGUCCUUGGCGAAGGCCUCGUCUUACCACCAACAUUCAGCCGCUGCGCCGUCUCUUCGAUCCGGUGUCAUCCGAUUCGGCCGCAUCGUCACCACUUCCACCCAUCCCCGAAACCGAACAUACACCCGGACCGUCCGCCCCGUCCACCGAACCCGGCUCCAAAAAGCGUUCACGACCCCGCCCCAUACCCCGACCGCACGACCACCACGACGAACCAGACGUAGACGCGGACAUCGACGAUGACGACGACGAUGACGACGACGACGAUGAUGUCGACGAGAUCCGCGCGGGUGCAGUGGCGCGUCCACGGCCGCCACGAUCCACGGUCGGCAAGGGCCGUUCGGCUUCCCUCGUUACGACCACGCCGCUCGGCGGUGGAACCGGCGGGCGGCUGCUCGGGGCGGCGGGCAGCCUUGGUAAUCUGCACGUCAUCACCACGACCACUGCGGGCGGUGUCGUCACACGCAACUACUUCUUCGCCCAGAGCCAUGGUACCAAAUCGAAAGCACUGGCACACUUCCGGGACGGGGCGGCCGAUACCACCGAGCCGCUGGUACGCGAGGGCGAGCUGCACGUAAAGGUGACGCUGAUCGACGGUAAGCGGUCGGCGGACCGUAGCUGGCGCACCAUCCAUGCCGAGCUGCGCGGUCACCAUCUGAAGCUGACGCUGGUGCGCGAAGGCAAGAACUCGAACCAGAGCCCGGAACCGUGCGGCACGAUUGAUCUGACGAACUUCCACGUCACCGAAGGGAACUACACGAAGCGCAAGAACGUGUUCAAGCUGGCGACUACCGUUGGUUCGUACUGUCCGCUGGAGGCGGCUGCCGUCGCCGGGUUCGGCCAUGCGGAGGUUCACCGCACACAGUCCGCAUCCGGGUUGGCUAAUGUUGGCGGUGCCGGCAGCACUUGCGGCUCAUCCAUUCGCAGCGCAUCCACAGUCGGAUUGCCCGGGUCGGAGCGUGAACUACUGCUGCAGGCUGACAGUCACAGUGACAUGCAGCAGUGGAUGGAGUCGUUGCGGCUUGUUUGCGGUGGUGGCAGCACCAGCCAGCUGCAUAGUCCGGAUUAUCUGAGCGGACGUGGAGGCCAGCAGGCGGAACCGCAACGUAUUGCAGCACAAACAAGCGUGCAGGUGCAUGCGGGUAGUGUUGGCGGUGGUGGUAACAGUGGCGACGACUACUCCCCGGUGCUGCCGGCGAAAUCCCACCGGAAGUAUGCGCUCGGUUCUCGCUCACCGUCCGGUCAGUCGCCGGUCACGAAAAGCCGGAAGACACCGCAAACCGGAUGCAGCUCGCCGACCGGCAGCGCAGACCAACCGAUCGUGUCCAUCUCGGCGACCACCAAUCAACCGACCGCUCCGUACCAUCAACCGCAUCAUCAACCACACCAUCUGACGCUGCAGCAGCAGCAGCAGCAACAGUUUGCCGGUACGAAGGAUACCUCCGAUCGGGAGAGCGGUUCGCCAAAGUCGAAAACCUGGAAGGGUAUUGUGGCGCGUCAGUUUCGCAAGAUGCAGGGCCAACCGCCCGGUUCACCGGGUGCCUCCGCUACGGGCGGAUCCGACCUGAUGGCGCUGCCAGACGGGGCCUCGAUUAAUGUGCCACUGCAACAGUGCCCGGUGUCGGAGGAAAACCCGUACGUGCCGCUCGUGCUGGCCAAGUGCACCGGCAUCGUGGAAUCGAAGGGCCUGGGCGUGGUCGGCAUCUAUCGCAUCCCGGGCAAUACCGCCGCCAUUACGCAGCUCACCGAAACGAUCAACCGUGGGCUGGAUGAGGCCGCCCUGCGCGACCCACGCUGGGAGGAUGUGAAUGUCGUCUCCUCGCUGCUGAAAUCGUUCAUCCGCAACCUGCCGGAACCGCUGCUACCGAACGAACUGUACGGUGGGUUCAUUGCCGCGGACAAGAUGACCGGCCAGCACCGGCUGCUCGAGCUGCGCCAGCUGCUACGACGCGUGCCGCCGAUGAACUACGAAACGCUGAAGCAUCUCAUGCGCCAUCUGCAUCGCGUCAGCACGCACAACGAGGUGAACCUGAUGGAUCCCCGUAACCUGGCCAUCGUUUUCGGCCCAUCCGUUGUCCGUUCCGCGAACGAAUCGCUCGAAACGGCCGUCAAGGAUAUGCGCCACCAGUGCCAGAUCGUCGAAGUGCUUAUCAACUACUAUCAAUACUUCUUCGAGGACGGACUGCUGCCGGCUGUGGACGAGAGCAAGAACGGCACCGGCACCGUCGUCGACACCGGCCUGGACGUACCAUCGGCCUCACUGCUUCUGGACAACGUUGCCAAAAUCGAGCCGUUUAAGGAGCAGUCAAAAGAGAGUACAUCCGGCUUUGUGGCCAACAUUGUACAGGCAGCUAAUCGUAAGAUUCGCCGUACGGCACAGCGUAAGAGCACCAUGUCGUCGACCACUCCCGAUACGCUCUCGCUCGACAGCACCACGUCGGCGGAAUCCAAGGAGCAGUCGUCACGCGUCAUCCGGCGCUAUCUGGAGCUGGGCCCGAAGGCCGGCACACCGCUGAGUGUGGGGGCGGGUUCGGGCGGCUCGGAGCGCGCCCUGCAGGUCGUGCAUGACAGCAUCGCGCCGGUUGCGAUCCGUGGCCCGCGCUCGGUUGGCAGUGCCGGGCCCGGGUGUGAACCGCCAACUGACGACAGUCUGUUACAGCUGCACCAUCAUCAUCAUCAUCACCAUCACUACUAUCACAGCAGCAGCAGCCGGCACCACAGCAGCCAGAGCAAUGACGACGCGUCAUCAGUAUUAAAUCGCUCAUCCGAGGACGACUCGAACGACAGUGCCUUCGCCGACAACGGUUCCAUGUCGUUGAAGACGGUGACGAUCGCGCUGGAUAAUAAGUUGCGCUCGCUGCGCGACUCCUCGAUCGAUUCCGACCGGGACCAGACGCAGGAGAGUGAUGGUGAUCUGAGCGGUGGUGGGUACGGCAAUGGGCGGCACUCGCUCCAUCAGCAGUGGAGUCACAUGGGGCGUGCCCCGCGCCCGCUCACGCUGGGUGAGAACAUCCCGUACGCGGACGAGUCACCGGAGCGGCCCCUGAUACAGGGUCGCUCGAAGCCGCAGCGUUCGCUGACGAUCGCGUCGAACAGCAAUAACAACAACCAGGAGGAUGCUGUGCCGGGAGCGGUUGUAACGCCCGGCAAGCAGCAGCUCAAGAAGGCACUGACGGCUCAUUCGCAAAAGUCGAUCGAUAGCGGCGGUACGGUGAACUCCAGCACGAACAACAGCUGCCUGACGCUUGUGAACGAGACGGACGCAACACUCGACGUUGGUGGUGGGUGUGGUGGUUGUGCGGGGGAUGGAACCGGAGAGGAACAGGAAGGUGAGGAGCAGCCGGUAGCUGCCAAGGGUCGCAAUGUAUCGCUCAGCUCGGACGAAACCGACACCUCGACAACGAGCAAUCCGCGCGAGAAGCUAACCGCCGCCACGUAUCGCAUCGAUACGGAGAAGCUGAAGAAGAUGAACCGCAUCCUGACGCAGCUGGAACGCAAAGCCAACAACCUCGAGCGUAAGUUCAACCUGAACCGUUCGCUCUCGCUGAACUACAAAUCGCCCAAGGCGGUGGAUUGCUGCUGCACCCAUCACGGGCUACCCGUGACGCAUUCGUCCCAGGCACCGUUAGCACACUGCUGCCAGCACCAGCAGCAGCAACAGCAACAGCAGCAACAGCAGCAGCACAUCAGCAACAACCUCAACAACAACAACAGCGCGAGCUGCCACAACCACAACGGUGGCACGAUCGUUAGUUUGCGUUCGCGCCUCUCCCUCACCAAGGACGAAAAGACGGACAAGAACAUAAACCGGCGCCGCCAGAUACACGACACGCCGGCGACAGCCGCAGCGCCGGGUGGUACCGGUUCGGCACCGGCCGCAUCCGGGGGCUGUGCGACCACCACCGGCAAUGGCAAUGCGAGCGGUAGCAACGACAGCAGCAGCUGCGGUGAACCGGCCGGUCCACAGAUCAUUCUCACACCGGCCGCACCGGUCGCACCGAAUGCGGCCACGCGGCAGCGGCGCCAUGUUGGCAGCCGUUCGAUCCGGCGGCGCCACACGGUCGGUGGAACGCACGAUUACUAUUCGAACAAAAUGAACGGCCAGCACCAUCACCACCAUCACCACCAUCAUCCGCAUCAUCAGCCGCACCAUCACCAUCAUGUCGGGCCCGGUUGCUGUCCGGUGCCGCAGAACUGAACCGUCACCCACAUAUAUGGCCCCCCCGUGCGUUUUACGUUUCGUCUGCUUUUCUUCCCUUUUAUACUAUCCUUUCUCGGUGUAGAGCGUAGGUUGUUUUUUUUUGUUUGUUGUUGUGGUUUUGGUGUAGAAGAUUUCAGCCAACCUCGAUAGAGUUGGAAAGCGAACUGUUAGAGGGUAGGCAGAGUAGGCAAAUAGCAACACACAACCAAUUUAUACAAUAUCCCCACUUUCAUGCUUGUGUUUAAGUGUUUCAUCGUGCAAUGCGUGUGUGUGUGCAAGUGUGAGUGUGUGUAAGCAUUAGUCAUGUAAGGGACGAAUUUUGAGGUAGUAAGAGACGAGAGGAGUUAGCAGGGAGCAAGGAGAGAGUAUAGAUAGUAGAACCUCCCAGCCAGCGAAAACACUACUCUUAUUUCGAAAACAGUAUCGAUACGAUAUGCGUACGCACUACGCAUACCAACUUAUACAACCGUAGUUCAAUAUUGUAUUUAAGCAUGCGCUCCAACCUGGAGCUGCCCAAAACAAUGCGGCCCGAGCUCAAACCGACUCGGCCGACCGUAGACAGUACAGACGAAUCAGGCUAAGGCAGGCGUACGCAUCGGUGGGUUGAAACACCUCGCCCGCCGAGGUACUCUAAGUAGAUUAGUUUCAAAUAUUCAAACAUUUGUACACACCGCGCACACACACACAGAGAUAAAAAAAACCCCCAAGCGCACGCACACACACCUAACAAAAAGGACACACGUAAGCGGGUACGGUGGUAUGAAAUCAAAAUUGUGAUAACUAUUGGGUGGGGUGUAAACAGCGAAAAAAAAAACACAGGGCAACGAAUGAAGAAUUUCGGCUUAGAUUAAAAAAAAAGUAAUUAAUUGUGCCCUUCGGGCAUAACGAAACAAUGUUUGCUAAGAGCCCUCUGUUAUUGUUUUAUAAUUAUUAUUAUUGCUAUUAUCUCUUUCGCCACCGUACUGUGUGCCCCCCCUCUGUUGUGUGCGUGUGGGGAGCUGUGUGUGUGUGUGUGUGUGUGUGUGUGUGAAUGUGUGCUGUAUGUGUGUGUGCACGCAAAAUGAUAUAAUGAUUAGUUUUUGUUUUCUUUUCUUUGCAAACACUUGUGUCCCGUUUUAUUGUGCCCUUUUGCUAACACACCUAAUUAUCGUGUAUCGUGUACCAGCAAAAAGCAAACAAAAAAAAACCGAGAUUGUGUGCGUGUGAUUAGACGGUUUUUUUUUCUUUUGCGUUAUGUAUUACAUUAUCUUCUACCAGCUAAUACUUUUGCUACAAACAAACAAACAAGCCUCCCUCCUCCCCCCGAUCCAUCAAUGUGUACGUGUUUGUGUACGUGUGUUCUUUAUCAUUGUAUGUGUUUUGUGUGCGUGUAUGUGUGCGCCUGUGUAUGGUUAAACCCGUUCAUUAUUGGAAUUUUCUUUGCUGCUCUGCCGGUGCAGCAGUGUUCGUUCACGUUCGGUUUUGUUUUUCUUCUGCUGUGGCAGAAACAAAAAUCAGCUGAAUGCGAAGCGAAAUUAUGAAAUUAAGAUUUCUACGCAACGGAUAGGAACGUAAUCCGGAUGGAACGAUAAAUAACGCCAGCUCGUUAGCUUCCCAGACAAGAAGAGACCGACCUGUCACCGCCAUGUAGGUCGCGUUCUGUGCAACGCGAAGUAGAAAUGUUCGCACAUCAGAUUCGACCACUGGCUGCGUAGCUUAGAAGGGGAUGGCAAAGAUUCGGGCAAGCUUUAUGCCCACCGUACAGGAAGCAGCAAAAACAAAAAGUGUAGCGAACAAAAGUAUGAAUGAUAUCAAAUUUAGGGGCGUCAUCCGUGAGCGGGUCGCCAUUUUCGAUGCGAUUUUCUAGCCGCUUGUUUUUUUCGGCCAAUUUAGUGGAUGUUAGCCCACGAUGGAGGAAGGUUUAAAACAUAAGUAAGGAAGAGCGAGCGGAGUUCCAAAAAUCGAGGGCGAAGAAAAAAAAUGCAAAACUUCAAAAGCAACGGCGUACACACGGCAGGAGAAGUGAUAUUAAUUGCUAAUAAAAAUUGAAU